UGCUUAACCAAACGUUUGCACUGGGCGGCCUUUAGGCGAUGACGUACUUCCGGAUCCAAGCACACACACGCACACACACACACACACGUGUGGGAAAAGCUGGCAUUCAACGCUGCUCGUACUCUUCUCUAUAUCACCAAACACAGUGCCCGUGUGAAACUCUGCUCCGUUAAAAAGUGUCUGCAAGUGAUUGGCAGCAGUGAGAGGGGAAGAGAUCCCCAGAUCUACACCCGUUUCUCGCCUCCUCAGCUCAACAAACCCUCAGCUCCAAUGGCCGACUCUGAGCCUGAUCCUGUCCUCGUUGGAGAAAAGAGAGGCUGUCCAGAGGAUGAAGAGGAAGGAACGCUGACCAAGAAACCAAGAGUUGAGAAGGAUCAAGAGAACGGAGGCCCUCCCCAUCACAGGGAGGAGGAUGAGACCACUGGCGAAGCAAGUGAUGGAGAGGAGGAAGUUGAGACCUUUGCUGAUAUGAUGAAGCAUGGCCUCACUGAGUUGGAUGUGGGCAUCCUAAAGUACGUCAGUGACCAUGAGGGCUUCUCGGGAAUCCUGAAGGAAAGAUACUCUGAUUUCGUUGUGAAUGAAAUCAGCAAACAAGGCAAGAUUGUGCAUUUAGAUGACCUCUCCGUCCCUCCAGAGGCUGAGGAAGUCCCAGAGGUUGAACCGCAGCCAGAGGAUUCUGACGUGCUGACUGAAGAGCAGAAGAAGCAGCUCGGGGAGCUGCAGCUCUUCAAGAAUAAAGAGGACAAUGUCUCCAUUGAGGUGAUCGAUGACACUAAAGAGAAGCGGACGGUUGUCCACAAAGCCAUCAAGACUCAGUAUCCUGGACUGGAGACAAAGACCGAAGAGAGGGAAGGGCGCAAGUUCAUAGUGGCCUACCACGCUGCUGGGAAGAAAGCUUUGGCAGAGGUCAAAGCAACUGCAGCUCCAAGGAAACACUUCUGGCCCAAAAACCGCGGCACUUUCUGCCACUUUGUCCUGUACAAGGAGAACAAGGACACUAUGGACGCCAUCAAUGUUCUCUCGAAGUUCCUCAGGCUCAGACCCAACAUGUUUUCCUACAUGGGAACCAAGGACAAGAGAGCAAUCACUGUGCAGGAGAUCGCUGUGCUCAAGAUCACCGCAGAGAGGUUGUCUCACCUCAACAAGUGCCUCAUCAACCUCAAGCUGGGAAACUUUAGCUAUAAAAACCACCCUCUCAAGCUGGGCGAGCUGCAGGGAAACCACUUCACCGUGAUCAUCAGAAACAUCUCUGGCACAGAUGAGCAGGUCCAGCAGGCCCUGACAUCCCUCAAGCAGACAGGCUUCGUCAACUACUAUGGCAUGCAGCGCUUUGGCACCACAGCCGUGCCUACGCACCAUGUCGGCAGGGCGAUCUUGAAAGACAACUGGAAAGAGGUGGUGGAUUUAAUCCUGAAGCCGCGUCCUGGAGCCGAGAAAGAGUUCCUGGUCCGCUGCAGGGAGGAGUGGGCGAAGACUCAGGACCCAGAGGCAGCCCUGAAAAAGCUGCCCAACAAGCGCUGUGUUGAGGGGCAGCUGCUGCGGGGCCUGUCCAUGUACGGAAAGAAGAACAUCGUCACUGCUUUUGGAAUGAUCCCUCGUAACAACCGCCUGAUGUACAUCCACAGCUACCAGAGCGCUGUGUGGAACACCAUGGUGAGCCGGAGAAUCGAGGCCUUCGGCCUGAAGGCUGUGGAGGGGGACCUCGUGCUCAAAGGAACUGCAGCACACGUGCUGUCGGCAGCGGAGGCAGAGGCCUGCUCCAUCCAUGACAUCGUGAUGCCACUUCCUGGGUUUGACGUCAUCUACCCCUCUCAUCCCGUGGGUAAAGGUUACAGAGAGCUGCUCUCCGCAGACGGCUUGGACAUCGACAACAUGAGACACAACGUGAAGGACUACUCUCUGGCUGGAGCCUACAGGCGCAUCAUCAUCCGACCCAGUGAGGUCACCUGGGAGAUAGUUCAGUAUGACGACCCCAAGAUCUCCCUGGUGCACAGUGAUUUUGAGAAACUGGAGAACAAACCUGCUCCCGUCUUCAACAAAGAGGGGAAGUACCGGGCUCUGCGGAUGGAGUUCUCUCUGCCUCCCUCAACCUACGCUACCAUGGCCAUUCGAGAGGUCCUCAAGUUGGACACGAGCAUUAAGAAACAGACGCAGCUCAAUACCACCUGGUUCAACUAAGAGCGACGCGCACGCUGGCACGAACUGGACUGUGGCAGAAAGCAGAGCUCCCGUAUACUGUGGCUCCUUACUGUUGGUGGUUUUAAGUGUGUCUGUACGCUGAGAGAGAAAAAUCGGGUUCUGUCUGAAGUACAAAGAGCAACAAUUUAUCAUGUUUUUAUUUCCUUUAAAGUGUUUUUGUGCAGCGGUGACUGUUUGAUAAAUGUGAUUUAAUUAGUCUGAAGGCUUUAACCCUGUUUUGUACAGUCUUUUUUUUUUUUUUUUUUUUUUUUUUUCUUUCUUUGAGGUGAAUACGUGAAUUGGAGAGACAUUAAAUGUGUUCAUAAUGGGAA